AUGCAAGCAUGCUAUGCUUUGUUGCAGGGUUCCAAGUAUCCGGCAUCUGACGGUAUUGUGCUUGCUCCAGGGGACGUCAUCCACAUCCUCCACGUGCUUCCUUUCCUUCCUGGCCAUGCUGCCUCUGGUGCGGUGUAUUAUUCGCCACCUCCUACGGAUGACCUGCAAAAGCAAAUGGAGGAGGACGCCCAACAGUUCAUCGGCGACCGCUUCGUGCCCCUGCUUGACUCGUUGGAUGUCGCCUAUCACGUGGACGUCAUACAGGAGGAGUCCUUCGAGACAAUCGGAGAGGCUGUGUGCCACUCGGCGGUCGACUUGGACGCUGCCGCCAUCGUCGUGGCCGCACACAGGAAGAGCACGCUGGCCAAGUUCAUUUCAGGCUCGAGCAGCCGAGAAGUCGCUGGGAAGUCAGACUUGCCUGUGCUGGUGUUUCACGGAUGA